GUCCCGGGGGUCGUUCCGGGGGUGGUGGGGUCCCGGUGCGGGGCCGCUGCCCGUAGCCUUCCCAGGACCGCAUCCGCGCCUCCGGUCGGGAAGCGGGGGGGGGGGGGAUCGGGCGGUGGGAGCAGCCGCUGCCCGCCCCCCCCCCGGCAGGCGCGGAGAUACCGGGGGCCCCGCACCGGUCCCGGAGGCUCCUCUGCAGCGGGAGCUGCCGGCAAGGCCGGGGCCGGGGGAGAGCGGGCCGGCGGCCGCCGCAGCGGUGCGGGAGCGCCGCUUGUUUUCGCAUCUCUCUUGAGAUGCAGCAAUUGCUGAAGAAAUUAAAGGAGGAAAAAAAAAAAAAGGGGUGCGAUUGCUGUCGGGGAAAAGCCGCGUUUCUCCUGAAUCUCCGGUGUUGGGGUCCGUCCCCCCAGCGUGUCCUUCAAGUUUGUUUGUCGCCGUUUUGGGGGACUGUAAUCCCACCUGGGCAAACAGCUCCGGUUUCACAGACCAGCCGUGGGGGACUGGGACAAUGCAGACGCUCCAAGCGGUACUUGCAGGUGCAAAUCUGCCUUUGCAUGAGUGCGUGGGGAAAUGGUAUUAGCAAAAGUGUGGGUAACUGCAUGGUCUCCUUUGAGAGGGAGCAUCCAAUUCCGAGUGUGGUGGAUGGAAGCUGAAAUUGGUGGUGGUGUGCUUCAGCUGUUAAGUCUUGGAAAACAUUGCUGUGAUAAACUCCUUUUGCACUGCUUGCAGCUUCUGUAGGGAACGCAGUUUUCUCUUGUGCAGUUGUGAACUGGCAGUGAUAGCCAGCAAGAGGAGGACUAGGCUGCCUGUAAUAGAGCGAUUGAGAAUUAAAACUCUUUUGUGUUGUGAAACGUUUUGAUUUUUGCAUCAAGCAGUCUGCACCUGGGGACAAUUUUCAGCAUUUGCACUUUUUAUUGGCAUACCUUUGAGAUCCGAACCAAAUCUCAUGUUUAAUUAUUUCCAAUCCAGCUUGCAGAGGACGUGUUUGGAGGGGUGGCAAUGACAGCGCUGCUGAAUGAGCCUUUAACCUGGAGCCUAUAAAUUGCUGAAGCAGCAGCCAGUAAAACAAUUGUGGCUAAUUGUAGCGGAGUGUUCCCGCUGUGCUGCUUCGGGAGCCGGCGGGGCACGUUAAGCGGCAGCUUUGUAGCUCUCUGGGCUGCCGCUGACACAAACUCCUGGUGACAAGGUGAAGUGCACCAGGACGCAUCCCUCCCCGUUCGAUGGGGCCAUGCAGCCCAUCGGCGGGCCUGUGAGCUGCUCUCGGCGUUUUGCAGCCUGAGUUUUGCUUCUGUUUCUUGGGGCCAUGGGAAAGCAAAUUACCUGGCAAAGCCAAACCCACUGUUUGCUCCAGGUGGGUGCAAAGCAAAUCUCGGUUCCUGCCAGGAAGCAGCUGGAGAGGUUGCGAACGACGCCUGGAGCCUGGGAUGGCCGAGCGGGCGGUUUAUCACGCGAGGAUGUGCCCGUGCCCUCGCUGACCUGCCCCCCGUCCCCGUCCCCGCUGCCUGUCCCGGCCGGCGCCAUGGGAGGAUGCUUCUCCAAGCCCAAACCAGUUGAAGUGAAAAUUGAAGUUGUGAUACCUGAGAAGGAGAGAAGCAAGGAGGAGAUGUCGCCCAACGGGAAAGCCAGCCCCCUGAUCUACAAAGUCAACGGGACUGCCCGGCAUUAUCACCUUGAGGAGCAUCCCAUUGCCAGCAAUCCCUACCACAACCCAAAGGACGUGGUGGAAGCGUCUGUGUGCCACGUGAAGGACCUGGAGAAUGGACAGAUGCGGGAAGUGGACCUGGGCUGCGGGAAGGCUCUGCUCAUCAAGGAGAGUGGCGAGUUCCACGCCGUGGGACACAAGUGUCCCCACUAUGGGGCUCCGCUGGUCAAAGGAGUUUUGUCCAAAGGAAGAGUCCGCUGUCCCUGGCACGGAGCUUGCUUCAAUAUUGGCACAGGCGACAUAGAGGACUUUCCUGGCUUGGACAGCUUACCCAGGUUCCAGGUGAAGAUCGAGAAGGAUAAGGUGUACAUCCGAGCAAGCAAGCAGGCUCUUCAGACACAGAGGAGGACAAAGAUGAUGGCAAAGUGCAUCUCCUUGAGCAACUAUAACCUGAGCAGUACCAACGUGCUGAUCAUUGGUGCAGGGGCAGCUGGACUGGUCUGUGCAGAGACCUUGCGCCAGGAGGGUUUCUCGGACAGGAUUGUGAUGUGCACGAUGGACAGACACUUGCCCUACGACAGACCAAAGCUCAGUAAGUCGAUGGAUUCCCACCCGGAGCAGAUCGCCCUGCGCCCCAAGGAGUUCUUCCGCUCCUACGACAUCGAAGUCCUGACCGAAAUGCAGGUUGCGGCUGUGGAUAUCAAGAACAAGACAGCCGUGUUCAAGGAUGGAUUUAAGAUGGAAUACAACAAGCUGCUGAUAGCGACUGGAAACACGCCCAAAGCUCUUAGCUGCAAAGGCAAGGAGGUGGAAAACGUUUUCAACAUCCGGACACCCGAAGAUGCCAACCGUGUCGUGAAGCUGGCCACAAGCAAGAAUGUGGUUAUUGUGGGAGCAUCCUUCCUGGGGAUGGAGGUGGCCGCCUACCUGGCGGAGAGAGCCCACUCGGUGUCCCUGGUAGAGCUGGAGGAAGUCCCCUUCAAGAAGUUCUUUGGGGAGAGGGUUGGCCGCGCUGUGAUGAAGAUGUUCGAGAGCAACAGGGUGAAGUUCUACAUGCAGACAGAGGUGUCGGAGCUGCGGGAGCAGGAGGGCAAGCUGAAGGAGGUUGUGCUGAAGAGCGGGAAGGUCCUGCGCGCCGAUGUGUGUGUCGUCGGUGUUGGUGCAGUGCCAGCGACGGGCUUUCUCAAGCAGAGUGGCAUCAACAUCGACUCCAAAGGCUUCAUCGUGGUCAACAAGAUGAUGCAAACCAACAUCCCCGGAGUCUUCGCAGCCGGUGAUGCUGUCACGUUCCCACUGGCUUUGAGGAAUAAUAAGAAGGUGAACGUCCCUCACUGGCAGAUGGCCCAUAUGCAUGGCCGUAUAGCUGCGCUGAACAUGCUGGCCCACGGCAUGGAGAUCAGCACAGUCCCGUAUUUGUGGACUGCUAUGUUUGGGAAGAGCAUCCGAUAUGCGGGCCAUGGGGAAGGAUUCGAUGAUGUUGUCAUUCAGGGAGAUUUAGAUGAACUGAAGUUUGUGGCAUUUUAUACCAAGAGCGACGAGGUGGUGGCUGUGGCCAGCAUGAACUACGACCCUAUCGUGUCCAAGGUGGCUGAGGUCCUGGCUGCCGGCAGGACCAUCCGAAAGCGCGAUGUGGAGCUGUUUGUCCGUCACGGCAAAACCGGAGAUAUGUCCUGGCUAACUGGGAAAGGUUCCUAAUGCCGCCGGUGGCUGCGCCCUCCUGACACUGCGCUUGCUGUGGGGAGACGGGAUGGCAGCUCCACGGACAAGCGGGAACACCGCGGCUGAGUCAUUUCCCUUUGAGACUUGGAUGAACCCAGUGCCCGUCACUGUACUUACCUUCCCAGCAGACCGCUGACGGCUCCUCUGCCCCGGUGCCUACCGGGCUGGGGCUCUGCUGUUGCAGUUCCCAUGGGAUGCUGGAAAAGCAGCCCCCAGAGAGAGCGGGGUUUGGCACUGUCAGCAGGCAUGGGUGCCACGUGGCCGCGGAUGCUGUCGACGGGCUGGGGGGUCCCCAGGCGGGUCUGCCCCAAGCACGUCCCUCACCCCCGUAAAUAGCGCGAGUGCCUUUCGUUGCUCCCUGUGCUUUCAAGCAUGUUGCCCCUUCCCCAAUCUUCUUCAUUCCCGGCAGAGCUCUGAUGUGCAUCCCCACGGAGCCUGACAUCUGCUCCCUCUCUGCAUGGCUGCAGCGCUUGCCACGGCUCUCCCUGUGCCCACCCAUCCCAGGGAGCACCUGAGGGGGCCAGGGAGAUGGGAGUCACAUUAGGUGGUCUCUGGACAGCCUGUGUUUGUUUCGCAUUCUCCCUUCUCCAGGCUGGUCUCCCUGUCCAGCCGCCCCCAGCAGAGGUGGGUCCCUGCCUAAGCCGAGGGCUCUGGAGCUUAUCGGUCCCCGUCCCAGCACCCACAGUAUCUCCCCGUCCUGGAGCAGACAAGGGGCUGGAGCGCUGCUCCCCAUCUCUCGGGGCUCAGUUUGGGCUUGGGCACUGGCAGCUCUCGGUCAGUCCCCAGGGUGCAGAGCAGGCGCUCCCUGGAGAGGUGCGACAGCCGGACUGCAGCCCCUGGGCUUGGUAGCCAUCCUUCCAGCCAGCCUUGUGAUAUCUCUCUCCUUAACGAUGAUCACAGGAUUAGUGCUGCUGCUGAGACGUUACUCGAGGAAAAGUAGCCGGAGGAGUAUUUCUGGCGGUCCUCUGGCCAUUGUCACUCAUUCCUCCUGUCGCCUAGUGACAAGGCUGCAUUUCUCAUCUUGGCUUUCCGUGUUGGUGCUCUGCUGUUGUGUUUUCUGCCCCUUGCUGGAAGAAGAGCCUUAUCACCAGCUUGGGAAUGGACCUGGCCAGCCCACAGCCCCAUGUCCAUCAGCCCAGCAGAGCCAAGGGGGUGAGAACCCUCCCCUUGGAGAGCCUCUAGCACUCUGUCCUCGGGGAGGGGUUUUUUUCCCCAGCAGUCAGUGUUUUACCCUGAGCCCAAAGCAAGAGUAUUUAUAUUUUUAAUUUGAUUCACCCCCUAUGAAUUAAAGCAGUACUAUUCUUGGGA